UUGGGCUGUAGAUCUACCCUAACCUGUUCUAGGAAGCAUAACAAGUCGCCUUCACUGCAGGAGGCGAUUCGUGCAGCUGAGGAGAUGGAGGUCAAGCUGGCGAAGGAGGAGGAGGUUUGCAACGACACCAUGAAGACUCUGUGGGAAGAGUGCAAGCCCUGCCUGAAGAAGACCUGCGUUAAAUAUUACUCCAGAACCUGCAGCAGCGGAUCCGGACUGGUUGGACGUCAGCUGGAGGAUGUGCUGAACAGAACGUCUCCGUUCUCCAUCUGGAUCAACGGGGAGAGGAUCGACUCUCUGGAGCAGGAGGGCCAGCGGCAGAACAAGGAGUUCAGGAACCUGGAAGAAAGAUACUCAGAGAUGGCAGACGGAGUGGAUAACAUCUUCUCAGACAGCAUGAAGGUUGCCGAUCACAUCAACCCUCCCGUUUUCUUCUUUCCCAAUUUCCUGGCUCCGGCCAUUCGCCGCGCCAGAAGCAUCCACCUGCUUUUCCACGAUCCGUUCCACAACUUCCGGAGCUUGUUCUCCCCCAUGACGGGAAUGGGCAGGAACCUGUUCGGCCCGGUGGACUCCAUGAUGGACCUGGACUCCGACGCCGCCCCAAACGAAGACGGCAACGUAAACGAGGACGUGAUCAUCACGAGGCCCUUCGGCAACGGCAAGAUGACCUGCAGGGAGAUCCGUCGCAACUCGGCCGGCUGCAUCAAGUUCCGCAACGAAUGCGAGAAAUGCAAAGAGAUCCAGCAUCUGGACUGCUCUGGGAAUAGACCCCUGGAGGGCCCGCUGAAGGAGGAGCUGGAGGAGGCGCUGGCCAUGGCCGAGCGCUUCACGCAGCAGUACAACUCCCUCCUGAAGAGGUUCGAGGAGCGCGUGUUCAACACCUCCUCCCUCCUCGACAUGCUCAACAGGCAGUUCGGCUGGGUGUCCUCCCUGGCAAACAACACCAAGGACGGCAUCUUCAGCGUGAAGGGGGUAAUCUCCAAAGGCGACACCGAGGAGAGGCAAGGCGGAAAGACGAAGGAUGCCGACACCAAGGUGACCGUGCAACUGUUCGACUCUCCGCCCAUGAACGUCACCGUGCGCGGCGACAUUCCCUGGACCGACCCGAAGUUCUCCGAGGAGCUGGCUCAGAAAGCGCUGGACCGCUACAAAGCAACCAGCAUUCUCGCUAAAUAAGUUUCAGCUGCAUUCCUGCCUGGAUCUUCGACGAGAAAAACGCUCUGAAUCCAUGGAAACACACCUGGAAGCUAACGCUCCCAAAGCUAACGCUCCCAAAGCUAACGCUCCGAUCCCAAGCUUCCUCUUCCAGUCCUGCUUUUGCAAAAAUGUAAAAAAAAAAAAACAACGUAAAACCUGUAAGGUUUAAACGGUAUCAUUAGUCCUGCUGUAAGAGAAGAUGUUCAGUAGAAAACAGUCCUACGUUUAUCMGUAGUCCCUCCUACAUCCAGGAAGGCCUUGCAUUUUAUGCUAGCUAGCAAGGCCCAUGCUACAGUAAGUGUUUCGUGCCAAUACUUUGUGUUAGUAGGACAUAAAUGUCCAUAUUUACUUCUGCUGUUCAUGUGUUUUAGAGACUUUGUAUAAAUCUGGGGGUCUGUUUCACAAAAAGCAAAAUACAAAAAUGCAGGAUAAGAGGAGAAAGCUGGGUCUGAUUUCUUAAUUGCCAUUUUACUGCAUUUUAAUGCUAAAUAAUAAAUGAAAAGCAUUACACAGCACUGGAUGGAAUGAUAGAUUAAAUAUGUUAAAUUACCUUAUCUGGUGAGUGGUUUAGAGAUGCUGAGUGUGUCACUGCUUUUAUGAAUGAAUGAAAAAUCUCAUCUUAAGGUUUUGUGAAAAAGCUCCAAAUCUUUAUUGCUACUGUGCUCAGAUAGGUUUCUAAACAAGGACAAAGUGGUUAUUUUUGUGAGUUAACUCAGUAAAUUUCAGAUUAAAAUUUUAAAGUGAUUUCUUUUCAGCUGCUCUUAAGAUAGCAAUAAGGACACUUAAUAAAACGUGGUAAAACAUA